AUGCCGGUCAGUGGAAAACUCCAACGACUCAACCCCUUUCUAGAUAAGUCAGGAAUAUUGCGCGUCGGGGGUCGACUGAGUCAAGCACCGAUGGCCUUCCCACAAAAACAUCCGAUCAUACUGCCCAAAGCUCCUACCACAUCACUCAUAAUCGAAAACGAGCAUCAGGUAUGGCGCACGAUCAAGGGUUGCGUCCGCUGUUGUCGUGCUCAUCCACCACCGGUACACUACAUAACGGGUAACCUGCCGGAGGCUCGAGUAACGGAAUCUCGACCAUUCGCAAACGUCGGCGUCGACCAUUGUGGUCCAUUUUACAUUAAGGAGAAACGAGAUCGUAACCGCCGCCUGGUCAAGGUAUACGUAGCCAUCUUCGUACCCCUAGCAGUCAAGGCGGUGCGCAUCAAACUCGUUGGCGAUCUCACGAGCGAAGCCUUCAUCGCCGCUCUUCGUCGAUUCAUCGCACGGCGAGGGUUUUGUUCGACGAUCCAUUCCGAUAAUGGCACAAACUUCAUCAGCGCCAACAACGAAUUAAAGGGGCUCCACGAGUUAAUAAAAUCGGAGGAUCACAACGAAAAGGUAACUACAUACCUGGCCGACAAGCAAAUCGAAUGGCGCUUCAUAACCCCUCAUUCCCCGCAUUUCGGUGGGUUAUGGGAAGCAGUGGUGAAGUCAUUCAAACAUCACUUUCGUCGCGUCGUUGGUAAUGAACUGCUUACUUUCGAACAAUUCAAUACCCUGGUUAUCGAAAUAGAAGCAGUUCUUAUCUCCCGACCAUUAACACAACAUCACACGGAUGCUCGCAUCCAGUGGGGAUGUUUAAGUUGCGAAAGGAGUUUCCCGAAACUCCAUGGGCAAAGUGCUACAACCCAAAAUGUAGUGGCACUAAUCAGAGAAAAGGACAAAUGUGGAGCUUGCCCCAUGAGCUUCGGGACUCAAAGAGGAUUAUCCACCCAUGAACGGCCGCCGCCCCGUGGCGUGCGGAAUCCCUUUGGUGCGACGCUCUGCUGA